AUGACAAAAUCUAAAAUCUAUUCAAAUUCUAUUGUUAAAUCUAAUUUACGUAAUCGUCGUCGAACACCAUUAACACCUGAUGUACUUGCUUUAACAAAACUUCGUCGUCCUGAACAUAUUAAAUCAAGUAUAGUACAACGAAUUGAAGAAUUAAAACAAGCUUCAUUAAUGAAUAAUCAAAUAUCAAAUGAAAAAUCUUCAAUUAUAUCAACAGAAAAAAAUAAUGAUUUACUUAUAACAUGUGAAUAUAAAAAUAAUGAACAGGAACGUAAUUGGCUUAAACAACAAACAAAUUUAAAUUCAUCAAUACAAUUUUUAAAUACAAAUAAUUAUUUACAACUUAAUAAUCGUUUAUUUAUUAUACGUUCUAUUGAAUUUAUUGAUAAUAAAAAUUUACUAUAUUACGUUUAA